GUCACAGAAUGCGGAAGUUCCACUCAUACCGGCAUGGUUGCGGCGGAGCUCAACUGAACUGAGAAAAGAACGAAUCAGUUCAUGAAGUGAUUCGGUUCAGUACGGUCACUCAAAAGAUUCGUUCGUUUGAAGGAAUCGUUCGUGAACGACACAACACUAGAAGGCGGCCGACAAGAGCAAUUCGAAGGAGAAAGACGUGAGCCAUACGCUAAUAAGUCAGUCUUACUAUUUGUUAUCCAGUUUGAAAUAUUUACGUCGUAUAACAUACAUAUUUGAUUCUUGAUUUAAGGAUAAAGUGGUCUCGAUGCGCUAGAAGCACUGUGCCGCUUCUUGUGCUAUCUUAGCUUGUUAGUUAGCUUAGCUCGCUAGUUAGCUUAGCUUGUUAGCUGCUAACAGAAGACACAGAAGUUAUCAACACAUCGCUAAGUAGAGAUCAAGUGUGAGAGUAAAGUGUUGUGAUUGUGUGAAAAUGUCUACAUUACAAAUGUUGAGAGCGUUGGUGGAUCAGCGACUAACUGCUGCUGUUGAAGAAAUAUUUGUAGUGUUAGAAAGAACGAUAGCAGAAUACGAGGAGGAACUUUCUAGAACAAAAGAGGAUUACAAUCAACUACUGGACGCUGUUUUCAAGAAACAUCAAGUUGUGUUACACAGAACAGACCUAAAAGAAGAGCAUCUUCCCUAUGAGCAGGAGGAGGAACCACUGCCCCCCAACAUACAUGAGGAAGACGAGACGCCACAGACCCAUAAUGUUAAACUGACCCUUCACAUUAAAAAGGGAGAGGAGGACCCACUCACCCCCUACUUUAAAGAGGAAGAGGAGGACCAAGAGCCGCCGCACAUUAAAGAGGAAGACGAGACGCCACAGACCCAUAAUGUUAAACUGACCCUUCACAUUAAAAAGGGAGAGGAGGACCCACUCACCCCCUACUUUAAAGAGGAAGAGGAGGACCAAGAGCCGCCGCAGAUUAAAGAGGAAGAGGAGGAAGAGGGCAUCAGUCAGCCUAAAUGGUUGGAGGAGUUCCCAGUGACUGGUGUCCCUGUGAAGAGUGAAGAUGAUGAGGUGAAAGGUGAAAGUGAGGAGAGGGGAGGGGGGGAGCCUCCAAGCAGCAGCUCAACACAACACAUGACAACAGAAGCUGAUGGAGACCACUGUGGAGGAUCACAAGCAGACAAGCUCUUAGCUCCACUAUCAGAUAGUGAGGACACAACGUCACACUCUCCUGACACUGAUGAUGAAGACUCUAAAGAUGAUAAGACAUGUCACACUGACAACACUCGCUUCACAUCUUCUCACUCUCACAAAACUUUUAAAUACCAUUGUAGUCUGAAAAGACACAUGAGAACACACACUGGAGAAAAACCUUUUUCUUGUUCACUCUGUAGUAAAGGUUAUGCACAACGUCAUGAUUUGAAAGUACACAUGAGAACACACACUGGUGAAAAACCUUUCGUCUGUUCAAUCUGUGGUAAAGGUUUUGUAGAAAGUCGCUAUUUGAAAAGACACAUGAGAAUACACACUGGUGAAAAACCUUUUUCCUGUUCAACCUGUGGUAAAGUUUUUACACAAAGUCAACAUUUGAAAGUACACACUAGAACACACACUGGUAAAAAACCUUUCAUCUGUUCAAUCUGUGGUAAAGGUUUUACAGAAAGUCGGAAUUUGAAAGUACACAUGAGAACACACACUGCUGAAUAAUAACAGUCCUGUUCAAUCUGCAACAUAAGUUUGCUUGACUGAUCAAACUUUGUAGCACACAUGAGAAGACACCCAGGAGAGAAAGUGUUGAGUUGCAGUGUGUGUGGUGAAAGAUUGUCUUCUAAGUACCAGUGUAAGAAACACAAGUGUGCUGGUGAGAACAGCAGCAGCAAAUGAAACUGCAGGAUUUGAAAUAAACUGUCCAGACUUUCA